CGCCGCGCCGAGUUCGAGAUCCAAACGCGACCGACCAAAAGAGGAAGCCAUCGCGCAUUUUUGUUUGCCGUGCCGAACGAGGUUCCAUUGUUGGACGGUGUUUGGGUGGAAAUUUUCGCACCAAUUUCAUUCCGAUUCCGCACAAAAACUUGCUUCCCGCUUACCGGAAGACGCUCCCGACGUUUGGGUGAUAAAUUCGGCUAGGAUAGUCGUGUGGUAAGUAGGAAAAUUUGCUUGGGAAAACUGAGCGGCAAACAGACUGCGCUUUGCUCGUCUGGUUUUGCGUGCCACUAGCGCCACCAUCGAUUUUAUCCUGAACAUUUCAAAGACGCUUUGAAGAUAAAAAUGGGUAAGGCUAAGGAUAACAAACAGUCUGAUAGCGAGUCCAGUGAGGAGGAGGAGUAUGUCGUGGAGAAGGUUGUCGAUCGGCGGGAACGGAAGGGCAAGGUUGAGUAUUUCCUGAAGUGGAAGGGAUACGAUUCCUCGGCCAAUACCUGGGAGCCUAGGGAGAAUCUGGAAUGCCCCGAACUGAUCAAGGCAUUCGAGGACGCCCGUGCUGCAGCCAGGAAGGAAAACGCCUCAAAGGAAAAAGAAAAGGAGAAAGAGAAGAAGAAACCCAGCAAACCAUCAUCCACCAGCAGUACCAAGCGGAAGGCCGAUUCGGAUGGGGAAGAAGCGUCGGAUGAUGAUAAGGACGACGCCGCAUCAACAAAAUCCAGCAAAUCAAAGUCAGCGGCUGACAACGAUGCCGCGGCCAGUGAUGAUGGCAUGAACGGGUUUGAGCGGGGCUACGUGCCGGAAAAGAUCCUCGGAGCCACCGAAGCAAAUAACGAGCUUCUGUUCUUGAUCCAGUGGAAGGACAAGGACAAGGCCCAGCUCGUUUCGUCCAAGGAAGCACGCAAGCACUGUCCGCAGCUGGUCAUAGAUUUCUACGAGGAACGUCUGAUCUGGCAAUCAUCGGACUCGGUGGAGUAAAUCUUCGCCCUUUGCUUCUACCUUUAUUUUCCUGCUCUUCUCCUUCCGCUUCAUACGUGAUGCAAAAAGCGGGGUUUAACGCGUUUUCCUUGAUGGAUUUAUAAGUUUAGGAUCUUCGUUUUUAAGUACGCGCCAACAAAACAAACUGAUAUGACCGGAAGUAAUGUAUGUCCGUAGUAAGGUUUUUAUUUACUGAUAUUGAUUGACUUGAACUUGUAAUUGAUGGUAGCAUUUAAGAAAAGCUCGUUUGAAGUAUAAAAUAUCUACCAGGCCAUAGAGCAAGACGAAUCACACAAAAAAAACUACAAACUUUCGGACAAAAGCAGCAUCCACUCAAGACCUGUAAUCCAAUACACAAUAGAACGUAUUUUCAUGAAUAAAUAAAGAUUUUGGAAAAUUAGUAUUAGGUCUCCAAAAAAAUGGA